AAUUUGACUGUGUAAACACACACCGAGCUUGGUUGGUUGCAUAUCAACUUGCAACAGUCUCGGGAUCUCUUGUCAAUUGCCAUAACUUCUCUAUCAGCCGAUCAACCAGCGACUGCUCCUAAACAGCAACAGUCUCGGGAUCUCGUAUCAAUUGCCAUAACCUCUCUAUCAGCCGAUCAACUAGCGACUGACGUUUAUUCAGUAUGUUGACUGCUCAGUUCGCCAUAGUAACAGUGCUUCUGUUACCUUACUUGUCUGUUGUUGCCAGACAGAGUAGAGAAUACUAUUCUGACGAAUGUAGUCCCUCGUGUCAGUGUUCAGACUCAUCGUCAUCCUCCAAGAGAGGCUGUGGUCCAGGAGUUCCAGGAAUUCCCGGGACACCCGGUGUACCUGGGACCCCAGGGGUAAAUGGUUUACAAGGGCUAGCAGGCACAAAAGGCGAGACAGGAAGCACUGGUCCUCAAGGCCCGCCCGGUCCAUUGAGUGGUAGUUGGAAGCAGUGCGUUUUCAAAAGUAUGAAUAAUGGACAAGACAAUGGCCAAGUCGCGCAAUGUGUUUUCAACAAGGAGUUGGACGAUACCGGGUUGCGCGUUUUCUGGAAUGGAGAUUUUCGCAUUUACAACUGUGAUUUAUGCUGUAAACGGUGGUACUUCACCUUUAACGGUGCAGAAUGCACCACUCCUGGUACCAUCGAAGGUCUUCUAUAUCUUUGGAAAGGCAAAGAUGUGGAAAAUAUCCACCGUAUCCGCCAUAUUGAAGGUGUGUGCAUGAACGUUGCCAAAGGCCAAGUCACAGUGGGUUUUUCGGUCGGUAACUGCCAAGGUUAUGGAGACGCUGAUGCCUUCACUGGCUGGAAUUCACUUGCCCGAAUCUAUGUGGAGGAAGUACCACCACCGCAGGCUUAGCCUAUCCGAAGAGUUCACUCCUGUAAGCAGCUCAUUUAUGAAAGAUCUCAGUGCUUAGAGGCGUAGGUGUUGCAAAAAAAUUAGCCAACUAAUCAAGGCUGGAUUUUUGCUUUUAUCAUAGGUUUUACUCAGCGAUGCAUUUUUUUUGUGUAAAACAACUUGUAUAACCUGUCACUUUACAAAUGCUAGUAAAGUUCGUGUCGUUUGUCAGAUCAUUUCUGUGUUCAGUCCUUAUAUUUAACAAUAUUAGCAUGGGCUUCAA